UCGUCGCAAAAAGAUUUCUAUCGCGCAUUGGCUCAUGCUAAGCAUAAAAGGACGGAAAUUUCGAAUUCCUUUCAAACCGAAGCUCCAUACAAGCAGAUUUCAAUGUUGCGUAAAUACCGUGUCGGUGAGCUUCCAGACAUAGAAAUUAAACAUUCGGACAUAAUUGGUCCGCUACAGGCACUGGCACAGCGCGACCUGGAAAUAUCUCGCAUGUUAUUCACCUCAAUCUUUGUUUCAAUUUAUAAUCAUGUUGAUGAUCAUGUUGAUAUGGAACCCAAUGUGCAAGAAGAAUACAAGAAUUCGAUUGCUCAAAAUAUCCAAUCUAUUUUCAUCAACUCAACCACAUAUUUCCCACCGUUGAUAAACAGUUGUUUGAGGAUCUGUUUCGAAGCCGUCGACAUAAAAGUGGAUCCAACGGUUAUAAGAAAAGCUAGUGAAAUCAGUUCAACCGAAUCAUUAGGGAUUAGUUUAAUCGAGCGGCAAUUAUUGCGCUUCAUUUCACCAAGAGGGUCAAAAAGGGUUCGUGCUACUGAUUCCGGAACCGCCGCUGAAAGUAUGCUUCCUUGGGUGGAGUUGGCAUACCUUUAUAAAUCGAUCGAUGGGCACGACGUCUACAAGAGCAUUUAUGAGUGUCACAUUGCUCAUAGUCAGGUGACCAAGGAUGCUCUCAAUGCUGAGCUUAUUGGUGACUAUGCUUCGGCGUGUCAGCUUUAUUUGGACGCCCUUGGCCAUGAGGACGUGGACGUCGACAAUAACGAGAUCAGAGUGUGGGAGGAAGGUAGAUUCGAAUGUUUUAUCAAGCUUUCACAAUGGGAAAGCCUGGCUGACACUGUGUUGAUUGACAUCGAUAAAAGUUUUGAUAAACUCUGGGAAGAUGAAUAUCAGGAUCCAUAUCUUCAAUACUUCAUGCACAGCAUGUUUAAGUUAGCCCAUGGCACUGACGACCACGACUUUCAUCGUCAAAUGUUUUUGGAUUUCAUUGAAAAUGCUAUGACCGAUCCGGAUCGUAAGACACUUCUGACUUCUCAGUACCCAAUAGAGUUGGCGUUGACAUCGAUUGCUCGAAACGAAUUUGCGCAGGCGCGAUCAUACGUACAAAAAGCAUAUGAUAGUUUUUUAUUCAACUGGUCGACUCUGCAUCCUUUGGCAUUGGGCAUCAGAUUAGACAAAUUGAGCUCGUUGCAGCAGAUUGUUGAAAUGGAAGAGUACAUAAACCUCGUGCAAUCCUCGAAUAGGUCAGAAAAUUGGGAGAAAUUAGUCGCUCAUUGGAUUAAAAGAUAUCCCUCAAAGCAACUUGAUCCUACCAAUACUUGGGAUGACAUAAUAACAUGUCGCCAUUCCAUCAUUGACAACAUGUUGAAUUGGUUGGAGAAUGACCGAAAGUUCAAUUCGGUUAUGAAUAUUCUUGAAAACCAAGGCCUGUUGAAAAUGUCUUCAGCUGCAAGAGUUCAGGGAAAUUUUGCGGUCGCUCGUGAAUGUCUCAAAAAAGGUCGAUCUCUAGAUCUUCGUUCUACGAACGACUUCAAAUAUCAUCAAUUUAAGCUUAAUCUUAAAGAGUCCAUAACUACUUCUGAUUCCAAAAAGCGGAUCGACAUUCUAUUGGCCAUGGCUGACGAAUUUGGAAGACUGGAGAUUUCCGACGUAAAAAUUAAUAUGAAAUGCCGAAUUAUUGAGAGUGAAACAUAUUCUCUUCUGACGGCUGAAUUCGACAAACCCGAAUCUACUACGAGUUACCCUUCUCUCAAAGGUCGUAAGCAAAGUUUUAUGAAGUCCGGAUUUGAUCUUUUGAACAACAUAUCCGAAAAAGCGGUGCUGCACCUUAAAUCUUCUAAUCAAGCCAAGGUCUUUGUCAAAUUUGCAAAAUUCUGCGAUCAUUUUCUUCGUUCUUUGGAAUCCAACGAUGACCUACAUAAUGUGACCUUUGAUAAAGACCUGUAUGCAUCCACCGUUAUACAGAACAUUUUGCAAGCAAUGGAUUAUGGAUCCAAAGAAGCUUUAGAAUUCUUUCCACGAUUGCUUCAAAUAAUUGACAUUUAUGAGCGAUCUCAAGGAACUUUUGAAGAGAAGGUAAAAUCAUUCGGGCCCGUGUGGAGGUUUAUUCGGUGGAUCCCACAAAUUGUAGCUGUUUUGGAUAAGCCCACCGCCCAAUGCGUUUUCCCAAUACUUUUCGAGCUCUCGAGAUUAUAUCCAAAGAGCUUAUACUACCCCUUGAAAAUCAGCAGCGAUCAUUAUAAAUUUGAUGAGAGAAACAGAGCCGUACGGGAAAAUAAAAACAAAAUUCAGCAGUUAAAGCAAAUUAUUAAGAGUGAUGUGAUAGACACCCUAAUAGGAGAACUUGAGAGGCUCACCAAUCCAGAAACUGUUUUUUACAGUUGGUGCCUAACAAUCAAUCAAUACAUCAGGGAAAUGACCAACGGUAUAGAUCGGUCUGAGGAUAUAAAGGCAUCAUUCAUGGAAAUGAAAGCAUUUUUAGAAUUUGCCGAAAGUCAUUCUGGUUAUAUCAAUAAAAUCUGCGGCACCGACGGAAUAAAUUUAACCAAAAUGAAUAAUCAAAAAUUCCGAGAAGUAAUUUGGAGUUAUCAUGAGAAAUCCAUUAAACCGAUGGAGAAGAAGAUAUUUGGAGUCAGUCUGUUGAAAUUUUAUUCUCCAUGGCUUGCCGAGUUUUCUUCGUCAAAUAUAGAUGAGGAUAUCGAAAUUCCAGGUCAAUAUGAUGGGCUAACUAUUCCAGACCCAACCCGUCACGUCAAGAUAGCACAUUUUGAUCCUAAACUGCUUGUGUUACGAUCAAUGAGAAAGCCCAAGAAAAUAACUAUCCUGGGAACGGAUGGCAAUGAGUAUCCGUUUCUGGUGAAGGGAGGUGAAGAUCUACGACUGGAUCAAAGGGUUCAACUGCUGUUCACCGUCAUGAAUGAAUUAAUGCGCAAAGAUUUUUAUUGCUCCCAGCGAAAAAUAGCGUUAAGAACAUACAAGGUUGUACCUAUGACCGGUAGCCUAGGAAUAAUAGAGUGGAUACCCGAUACCGAACCAAUUAAACAGAUCAUCGAAAAAGAACUCUUUAAUCAAAAUACCAUUUGUGAUAGUCAGUUUGAGCAUGACAAUUGGGUGAAAGAUAAUUAUCAAAGUUACCAAAAAAUGUUUACGAAAGUAAACCGUGAAGAAGUCGUUAAACACAUGAUGAAACUUCAAAGUAUGAUCAAUGGAAAUUCUCUCAAAAAAGCAUUAUACAAGCUUGCGGCUUCACCAGAAGUUCACUUGUCAAUUCGUGCGGAGUUCGUAAAAAACCUUGCUGCCAUAAACGUUUGUGGCUAUUUGAUCGGCAAUGGCUCCCUAAUUUCAAUUGAUUUUGGUCACGCCUUUGGGUCUGCAACGGAGACACUCGAAGUUCCAGAAUUAGUUCCUUUUAGACUUACCAGGCAGAUAGAAUCUUUGAUGGAGCCUUUGGGUUCCAAAGGUCUUUUAGAAUACCCAAUGAUCAAAAUAAUGCAAAUCAUGCAUGCGAAUAAAGAUAUAUUGUUAAAUUCAAUGGAGAUCUUUGUCAAAGAACCUUUAUUGGAUUGGCAAAUACGAGCAAGAAGAAAAGCCAAUAAUCAAAAAAAUCCAGAAAGCAGUGAAAUCGAUAAUGAAAAGGCACAUACAGCAGAAUGGUAUCCACGUCAAAAGUUGGAUAUCGCCCAACGUAAACUUAGCGGCGAAAAUCCUGCAUACAUCAUCUGCGAAGAAUUGUUGGCCGGACAUUCGAAUAAAAAUUUUAUAAAACACAUUCAAUCCAUAGCCAAGGGAAGUCCCGAGCAUAAUGUCAGAGCCCGUAUACCACGAAAAUGUAGUAGCGUUAAGGAACAGGUUGAAUGUUUGAUUGAUCUCGCAACGGAUCCUUUUGUACUCGGUGUAAUGUAUGUGGGUUGGUAUUUGGUCAUUAUGGCAAAGUACUUUUAG